GCAGAAUAAAAUCAAUAGAUUAUAUGUGACAAUAACACUACAUUAGGCAGGGGUGGGUGUCAUGAGGAUUAGUGUGAUAGUGACCUUGUUGCUAAGUACAAAAGCAAAACAAUGACAUGAAAACAAGUGCUAAGUACUGAGUGGAGGAGAGAGAUGGAGACAGACGCUGCAGAGGGGAAAAAAAAAAGACUGAUUAAAAAGGGCCCUUUGAUUCCACAGGCACAAAAAUCCACAGCCAGGAAUUUGCUACCACCUCUGAGUCAGGCAGGGGGUGGGGAUGGGGGUGCACAAUCCCAUUAGAGAAUGCCCAGUGGAUUUAGUCUGUGGGAGUCACAUUUCUUAUUUGGCCCAGUGAAGACAGAAGCAAACCAGCUCACUUGUUUCCUGGGACAGUUGAUUUAGGGGAUGGCUUUUGCUGAGCAGUCACCUCUGACCCUUCACCGCCGGGACCUCUGUAGCCGUUCUAUCUGGUUAGCAAGGAAGAUUCGUUCAGACCUGACUGCUCUUAUGGAAUCUUAUGUGAAGCAUCAGGGCCUGAAUAAAAAUAUCAACCUGGACUCUGUGGCUGGUGUGCCAGUGGCAAGCACUGAUCGUUGGAGUGAGAUGACUGAGGCAGACAGACUCCAAGAGAACCUCCAGGCGUACCGUACCUUCCAUGGGAUGUUGACCAAGCUUUUAGAAGACCAGAGAGUACAUUUCACCCCAAAUGAAGGUGACUUCCAUCAGGCAAUACAUACUCUUCUGCUCCAAGUUUCUGCCUUUGCCUACCAGCUAGAGGAAUUAAUGGUGCUUCUGGAACAGAAGAUCCCAGAAAAUGAGGUUGAUGGGAUGCCUGUCACUGUUGGAGAUGGUGGCCUCUUUGAGAAAAAGCUGUGGGGCCUGAAAGUCCUUCAAGAGCUUUCACAAUGGACCGUGAGGUCUAUCCAUGACCUCCGUGUCAUCUCUUCUCAUCAGAUGGGAAUCUCAGCACAUGAGAGCCAUUAUGGGGCCAAGGAUAAGCAAAUGUAGCAGCUAGCCCUUCUCUCUCCUCUUUUGUUCUGGUGAGAUGUAGGUAGUUCCCCGAGGCCUC